GGAUUUCGGCAUUGCCCUUAACUACUACGGACCGCCCACUGGCACUUGAACCUGAACUUAUCAUUAUUACCUUUUACGACUUCACCGGCUUCACAUUCGACGGACGUGUCGUUCCCAACGUUAGAUAUGGGAGCAAUUCAGUCAACGCCUAAAGUUACCGCACAGGAUCGUGCCAUCCUGGAUCUCAAAUUGCAAAGGGAUAAGCUGAAGCAAUACCAGAAGAAGAUACAAGUCAUCUUGGACCGUGAACAUGAAAUUGCCAAAUCUCAUCUAGCGUCAGGUCAAAAGGACCGGGCUGUCAUAGCAUUACGGAGAAGGAAAUAUCAGCAAGGACUGCUCGGGAAGACAGAUGCACAGUUAGAGAAUCUGGAACAGCUGGUGUCAACCAUAGAGUUUUCGCUGGUAGAAGUAUCAGUGCUACAUGGCCUAAAGCAAGGUAACGAAGUGCUUAAAGAAAUACAUCGGGAAAUGAAUGUCGAGAGUGUGGAGAAGCUCUUGGAAGAAACACAAGAAGCGAGGGAAUAUCAAAGGGAAAUCGGGGAACUUCUGUCAAAUCAACUAUCGCUGGACGAAGAAGAUGCUGUCCAAGCCGAAUUGAAGGAACUACAGAGUCAAGCUGUCUGUUCAUUCCGUUUCACUAAAGAGUGUAUUACUAAAUUCAUCCCGCGUUUGCUUAGGUCCCGAGCGAAGGGCCCGAAGAGCGGGUCAACCUGCCUUCAGUACCAGUCACACAGCCGGUUCCUUCAUUGCCGCAAGGCGAAGAGCGACACCGGGAGCAGGGGCGUGUUGCUAUUCCCGCAUAAAUGCCCUUAUCAUUCAUAUGUAUCUAUAGAGCUAGAACGGUUGAUUGUAAUACCAUAUGGACAUGUCGCGCUCAACGUGUGCACCUCAGUUCUCUUCCUCAAGUAGCUGUAGCUGAUGCCGGUGAAGAACUUGUGACGAAAAUAUUACCUAGGCCUCCUACGCACAUUAUGUGUAUUAUUAGUCCUGAUGGGCUCAGUGGAAAAGAAUAUGUUG